CGCGCGUGCGCGGCGGGGGUGGGAGCGCGGCCUCGGCAGCACGUGGGGAACGGGACAGGGCCGGGCCCGCGGCGCCCCCGGGCCGGGAGGGGAUGCGAGCAUGGCCAUGGCCCAGGCCGGGGCCGCGGCCGCCGCCGCCUCCGGGCUCCUGGUCUUCCUGCUCUACUCCGCCAUCCACAGGGUCGAGGAGGGACACCUGGCCGUGUACUACAGGGGUGGAGCGUUGCUGACCAGCCCCAGCGGCCCUGGCUACCACAUCAUGCUCCCCUUCAUCACCACCUUCAAAUCCGUGCAGACCACGCUGCAGACUGAUGAAGUGAAGAAUGUGCCUUGUGGGACAAGUGGUGGUGUUAUGAUCUACAUUGACCGAAUAGAAGUUGUGAACAAGCUGGCCCCAUAUGCAGUGUACGACAUCGUCAGGAAUUACACCGCUGACUACGACAAGACCUUGAUCUUCAACAAAAUCCACCACGAGCUGAACCAGUUCUGCAGUGCCCACACCCUGCAGGAGGUGUACAUUGAGCUCUUUGAUCAGAUAGAUGAGAACUUGAAGUUGGCCCUGCAGAAGGACCUCAAUGUCAUGGCACCAGGUCUCACCAUCCAGGCCGUGCGUGUCACAAAACCCAAAAUUCCAGAGGCCAUCCGGAGAAACUUCGAGCUGAUGGAGGCUGAGAAGACCAAGCUGCUGAUUGCAGCCCAGAGGCAGAAGGUGGUGGAGAAGGAGGCCGAGACAGACAGGAAGAAAGCACUCAUUGAGGCAGAGAAGGCUGCUCAGGUGGCCAGGAUCCACUACCAGCAGAAGAUCAUGGAGAAGGAAACGGAGAAGCGAAUUUCUGAGAUUGAAGAUGCUGCAUUCCUGGCAAGGGAGAAGGCCAAAGCUGAUGCUGAGUACUACACUGCUCGGAAGCUGGCUGACUCCAACAAGCUGAAGCUGACCCCUGAGUACCUGGAGCUGAUGAAGUACCAGGCCAUCGCUGCCAACAGCAAGCUGUACUUCGGUGACCGCAUCCCCGGCGUGUUCCUGGACUCCUGUGCCUUCCAGCAGGCCAGCCUGAGGACUGCCCACCAAGCAGCCUUCCUGCACAGGAAAGCCCAGAGAGCCCUGGAGAAAGCCCCCUGAGAGGCGAGGAGAGCAGUGGCUGAGGGGGCACGGGGAGCCAGCCCGGUGUAGCUCAGCACGAGCCCGGCUGUGCCCGGGGACGAGGCCCUGUGCCUGGGGUGGAUGCAGCCCCUGCCUGCCUGCCUGCACUUCUUGUGUCUAUAGGUGGCAGCUGGGCUGAUUUUCUUCUAGCAACAGAUCACAAGGGCUCUGCCUCUUCUGUUUGUCCCCCUGUGAAAUUGGUGCUUCCAAAGGAGGGAUAAUCCUGUACUAACAUACCUAUACUGGAAUAUUAAAGGACAGACAGCAGGAAAGCCUCCCGGGGUAGGUGCAGUUAUUUAGCAGGAAGGAGAUGUGGCUCUGAGUGCUGUGUUGCUGCACACUGGUCAUUGCUCAGCACUCCUGGCUGAGUGAAGAGGAGGUUCCCCUCGUCCUGCUGCUGAAGCUUUGCUUGGUGAAGGUUUCUGCUGACGCUGACUCGCUCUCCUCAAGGACUCCAGUGGAGUGGACUCUCCUUGGCCAGAGUGGUUUGCUGUGGAAUAGGUUUGGGAGUAGGAUCUGCACAGCCAUGAUAUUCCUGCAGACAGCAGUGCUAGAUAAUGACUUGGAGGAAGCAACCUCUGAAGGGAUUCUGUGACCCCUCUCUGCAAGCAAGAGCCUUGGGACUGACUGUGGUGCUCCCACUGGGUGGCUGAGUCUCAUUGCCUCCUAAAGCAGAUUUUUCAGGAGCACCUCGGAGCAGCUGGUUGGGAACAGAGCCUGGCAAGUCUUUGCUCAGAUUCCAGCCUCCUUGUAAGUCAUUCACCAGGGAAAGGGGGUGAAUUUCCACUGCUCUGUCGUGCUGGCAAAGUGAAGGGGAAGAGAGGAGUGAAAGGACCCUGCUGUGCAGCAGAUCAGAUGUUUGACACUUCAGCUGCAGAGUAGGUGAGGCAUCUCUGCUCCUUCAUGCAAAAUCCAGUGCUCCAGGGAGUGGGACCUGCUUUGUGUGUCCUUGAGCAGCCAUGGCAAGGAGUGUGUCCCUGUCCUCUCAUGCCUGGCCAGGCUUGCUGGCAGAUGGAUCUUCUGUCCUGGUCUGUGCUGUGAUAUAUCCAACCCUGCUCCUGCCAUGGCAGGGUGAGGGAGAGGUGCUUGGGGAGGGGGGAAUAUGCUGGGACAAACCUGCUUUCUGCUUUCCCUUCUUCCUCCUCUGCUUGUGAGGGUGUGCUUGCUUUUAGGGCCUGCUCCUCCUCCUCGUGCUCUGUGAGGAUCUGGGAUGCAACACCUGGGGAAGCAGCUGGGGAGAGCUGGAAUGCCAUCCUCCAGCUGGGAGCACCCAGCACUGCCUGCUGCAUGUUCAGAGACCUCUCCCUGUGCCUCCCUCCUGCUGUCCUGUCCCCUCAGAGCAGCCAUGCCACCCUUGGAGGGGCUGGUGACACUCUGGCCACUUGACCUGUUGGGAUCUUCUGUCCCUGGCUCCAUCUGCAGCCUCAUGGCAAGGGGAGGGAUGUGUUUAACUGCUGCCAUGGAGAAACACUGAACCCAAAACAGCUUUGCCUGUGCUGGUGGUGUCCCCAGAGGAGCAGUGCUGUGUCCCCACCCUGUGUGGCUGGACUUCAGGGGUGGCAGAGUCCCCAGUGGCACAUGGACAGUCAGUCUCCUGCUGUCCCUGCUCCUGCCCUGGCUGCCCUGCUCCAUCUCUGGGCCACAGCAGGGUUGUGAUGGCCCUGACCCUUCAGACAUAACUGGGACUUCACAGCAGUUCUGGGUGGUCUUUCUUGUUCUCUGUGUGCCUGCAAACUCCCAAGGCUGAGCUGAUGCUCUGCUCCAGUAUCUCAGCUCCUCUUCCAGCCCAGCCAUGGCAGGAGCAGGGCAGAGAGGGGGUGGCAGUGUGUUCUGUAGUGUUUGAAAUGUCUCCUGGAAGUGCUGCUUGGCUUGCAGGGUCCCUUUUUUUGCUGUGGGAUGGCUUUGAGGAGGCAGUGUAGUCUCAUCUGUGCCCUGGCACCUCCUCAGUGUUGCAGCAGGCCCUUGGCACAGAGCUCCCUCACCCCAGCAAUGCUUUGGUUGGAUUUUGGGAUGAGGGCUGGCUUUAUAGGCUAGAAGCACUGCUGGAGGGAAUGCUGGCAGGAAUGUGGUGUUCAUGAUUUCCUCCAUGUGUUACUGGGGCUGGGCACUCUGGGCAUCAGGAAUGGCUGGGCAGAGGAGGUUCUGCCAGCCUGGAGUGACAAGGGCAGAGGGGCACUGCUGGCAGCGAUACCCAGGCAGUUCCCAGCUCUCCUGCAGUGAUCAGAGCACGAUGUCCAUGCAGGAAGCAGGAAAGCCUGCCAGGCCAGGGCAGGAGGAGCUGCUUCCCUUUGGAUCCGAGCCUGGCUGUGCCUCCCUGUGCCGUGACUUUGCCUUGGGUGGCUGUCACUGGCUCAGUGUCCCUCUGUGUGCAUCUCCCAUCUCCCCACAUGGCCUGAGGGACCCCAGGGGAUGCCCCCAUGUCCCAGCUCCUGCAGCAGCAUGUGUGAUGCCCAGUGCCUUCUGCAGCAGCCUCCCCCUCCCUGCCCUGCUUCCCCAGCCCCAGCGUGUGGCCACGGCUUUGUCACCCUGGCGUGGGCUGUGCUGCCCUCUGAGCCCCAGCUGUGAGCAGGGACGUGGCUGCAGCCAGGAUUUUGGGAUGGAACUGGCUUUUCUCUCCGCUCCCAUGGCCCGUGUGGGCCUGUGACUAAAGGGGUCUGUCCCUGGAUGCACAUCUCCCUGAGGAAACACGAUACAUCCGGUCAGGUUUACAUUCACAGUUCAGUUCUUUUGAUAAAGCAGAAUAAAAUUAUUUUGUUACCAUU